UCCUGUAAAUAUUAGUCGAUAAUAAACACUACAAUUAAGUGCAUAGGUGGUCUAGGGUGCAAAUAAAACCAAAUACACUCCGAUACAGGUGGCCUUGCACCGCAAAACAGCAAUUUAAAAUUCGUGUGUUUUCACGGCACAGCGGCCAUUUUGGGCGAACUCAACGUCAGCAGAGCGAGCACCCCUCUUUGUACAUAUUUUCAACUUAGCUACUACGACAACUGCCGUUUUUCGGACCACGCCGUAAGCUUUUGCGCCACCAAAAACCCGAGCUUUUACAGCCCACGUAAACGUAAACAAAAACUAAAACAAUGGCCGAUGAGGAUAUCACACUGAACGAGGAUCAGCUCCUAGAGUCGUUGGACGAGACGAACGGCGAGCAGGAGACUGAGAUCAUCACAGAGACCGAGGAGGAGGGCAGCAUGCAAAUCGAUCCCGAACUGGAGGCCAUUAAGGCGCGCGUCAAGGAGAUGGAAGAGGAGGCCGAGAAGAUCAAGCAAAUGCAGUCGGAAGUCGACAAACAAAUGGCUGGUGGCUCCACCACCGGUUUGGCCACCGUUCCGCUUUCCCUUGAGGAGAAGCAGGAGAUAGACACGCGGUCCGUCUACGUGGGCAAUGUGGACUACGGAGCAUCGGCCGAGGAACUGGAGGCCCACUUCCACGGCUGCGGCACCAUCAACCGCGUCACCAUACUCUGCAACAAGGCCGAUGGCCAUCCCAAGGGAUUCGCGUACAUCGAGUUCGGAUCGAAGGAGUUCGUCGAGACGGCACUGGCCAUGAACGAAACCCUCUUCCGAGGGCGUCAAAUCAAGGUGAUGUCGAAGCGCACAAACCGCCCUGGCCUGUCCACCACAAACCGAUUUGCCCGAGGCAGCUUCCGUGGUCGAGGAGCCCGCGUUUCCCGAGCGUGCUGUCACUCUACCUUCCGUGGAGCCCGACGCGCUAUAAGGGGUUACCGCGGUCGCGCCAAUUACUACGCUCCAUAUUGAUUAUUGUUUUAUUAAAACCCUAGUAAGAUUUUUUUACAAUAUUAUUUCAAAAAACAUUAUUUUAUUGCCAAACUUCUUUGCUAAAUAAAAACAAAAAAGAGAUAACAAUCACAAGAGAAAACGCCAGAAAAAAAUCGUUUCAAUAAAAAAAAGCAUCAACAGCAAGAAAAGAGGCGAAAUAGAAGAGACUUCGAAAAUAAUAAAAAAUCAACAUGGAAAUACGAAUAUCUUGACUUGGCUAUAAUGUUUUUUGAAGCACCCAACACCAAACACCCCCUUUUCACACAUUUUAAUUUUCAAAUAAUAAAUCAAAAAAAGAUUAUGAAAAACAAGAAGUUGAUUUAGAAAAACAAAAAAAUAUAUAUCAAUAAAUAUAUAUAAAAGAAACGCAAAAGAAAACCACAAAUCGUAAUUAAAGAAGUUAAAAGAUGGCAAAAACAAGUUAAAGAAGGAAGAAAAUAAUAAAAAAAAAAUCAAAAGAACACAAGACUCUUGGGAAAGAAGUUAAUCAACAAAAUAGAUAAAAAAGAAAGUGCGUAAUUUAUAUAUUCAAAAAAAUAUAUAGAGUAAAGAAAAGAAGUUGAAUUUUACUGAACUGAAAAAGAAGAUGACAAAUAUAAUCGAAUUAAACAAG